CUAUCUGCACGUAGGAAGAACUCGCAUUCUUUGUCGUUGCUCCACAAGCAAAAAAAGCAAGUACUACAGAACUCUCGGGGUGCCGCGAAAUACCAAUUCGGCUCGAUAGUUACCGCCCCUCCGGAUCUCCUUGUUCGUCCGACGCCUUAGCCUCCCAUCACGACGGCUUGGCCUGGUCAACUUUUUGUGAAAAGGUGUAGACAGAUAUAUACACCCCACCCCCGCCCCCGCCCCCAGACUUGACUUCCUUUCACAAUAUCCACGUCGACGGUCAACGCUACAAGAAGACUUUUGACAGCCAGCUUCCACAACCUCCUUGUCCCUUUCAUUAUCUGAUCAACACAUUGGAACAUUAUCCUUUGCAUAUCAUUUCUUGUCCCAAAGGAAGAACCUCCAUUACUCCACCGAAGUUGUAACCACGACGGUCGUGUGACGCCCUACCGAUCACCAACCAUCCUUUACCGGCUUACAAUAUAGCCUAUAUAUAUCAACGAUAGUACGACGCUAGCACCACUUAUUUACUUCCUCCACUCUCACAGACAGCCCAAGAUAGUUGUCCGUAUCUCAACAUCUCGUCCUCGACUACCAAUAUGAUGAUGGCCUCAUCUGUUCUUGCCCCACCUCACUCCCGCCCCAUUUCCCACACUCCUUCACCAACUGCUUCGCCCAAGCUUGUACCAGUCGCGGGCACCAUGGCACCAAUAUCACUCUCCCUCUCCUCUUCCGCUUCUUCAGCACCUACAACCACCGCUGCCUCUCAUGGUACGCUCAGUCAGAGUGCCCCCACCCGCAGCUUCGUCCGAGGACCUCAAGCAAGACCCUAUGGUCCCCCUAUGUCGAGAAAGAAGGAGCUCGAUGGUGACACAAAGCGCUUCGCGGAGCUUGUCGUCGAGACGGUCGAUGAGCGACGGAGACUUUCACUGGCUGCUAGCUCUCCAGUCUCACGCGGGAGGACGCUCGAGGGUGAGAAAGGUUUGGUCGAAAUGGUGGAGAAUGUAAGCUUGCAAGGCGCACAUGAAGCGAGGAGCAUUGAGAGACGCGGUACACAAGGUAGGAUGAUGAGCGGCAGCUGGGAAGCCGAAAGGGCGGACCUCAUUGUCGAUUAUCCAGUCUGGAGCCCCGGCUGCUUCCAAGACCUCUCUACCCUUCAAUCACUCCGCGAAAAGACGCUGUCCCACAUCCACCUGCUUUUGUCCCACCUCCAGAACGCCCAUCACAUUCACGCGACCUAUCGUCUUUUGGCACGGUCUGCCGUGGCUUGCCCCGUAUCCAACCCCUCGCCUUUCUAUCACGGUUGGGGCUGCAUCCGCCUGGCUCCGUGUGCCUCUCAAGAGCAUGGUCGAGCUGGUGCUAAAGUUCGACGGGCAAGCUUGGUUCACUCCGGCAGACCGUUGUCCUUUUCUCCAGAGCGAAAGAUGAGCGACAGCGCAGUGAUCGACUCUGACGAUGAAGACUCGUCUCCUCACAUGUCUCCGCGUACGUCUGAGAUCAAGCUGAGGGAAGGCUUUUGGAGUGGAAGUGCAAGUGGGAGCGAGGACGAGGACGAGGAGGAAGUUGCCGAUGUGAUUGUUGCGCGAGAGAUUGAGAAAAGGGGCGGUAAAGAAGGAAUGGCCUUCUUGAUGACUCUUUUUGGCCAGCCUGCAAUCAUUCUCACUUAAUCUCAAAUUGCUACUGUUGCUCGAUAUCAGUGUAUACAUACCAAUUACAUCGACCAACCACAUGUUGUACUAUCCCCAUCUCUUUCACCUCCUUCGCAACGAAGUCGAAGUCAACAUCAUCAAUUUAAUAAGGAUCAUCAUCCGCGUUUUAGUGUACGAGGAAUGGAAGAGAGUUGGCUUGUUUUUCUUACUUGAAUUAUACUAGUAUGGCAUUCCUAGCGAAAUGUAUUCAUUGACGAUGUAGAUCAUC